AGCACGUUUAACGGCUGCAGCGCCCCCGGGCCUGGGGAGGAGGGGGAAGUAGCAAAACAAAGACAGUGGCGGGCAGGAUGCCUCGGCCCUCGGGGCGGGACGCGCGUGCCCGGUCACGGUCCGUGACCCCUGGCCGCCGCCGCUGAAGGCAUCUUUCAGGCGAAGGGAGGCCGCCGCCCCCUCCCCCCCCCUCCUCCUUCGUCACCGCUUUGUGUUGCGGCGCUGAGCGCGGGCAGCCGCCACCCGAGGGAGCGGGUUCCAGGGCGCCGCCGCUCGAGGCCGGGCAGCGGAGCCGGCGCGGCGGUUGUGACUGUUUCUCUUCUGUCAUUUGUGUGGAAAGUGCCACACACACUCCAGAACAACAACGGCUUUUGCUUGCAUAUUCCAGUGUUUCUUUUGUCAGCGAGUUCAGCAAAGUUGUAAUUCUUCAAGUGCCAGCCCUGAGCUGAGUGAGGAGCCACCAGCAGAGAUGGUAAAAAUGACAAAAUCAAAAACGUUCCAGGCUUACCUGCCAAACUGUCACCGAACCUACAGUUGCAUCCACUGCAGAGCCCACCUAGCCAAUCACGAUGAAUUGAUCUCCAAGUCGUUCCAGGGAAGCCAGGGACGAGCCUACCUCUUCAAUUCUGUGGUAAAUGUGGGCUGUGGUCCAGCAGAGGAGAGAGUCCUUCUGACAGGUUUACAUGCUGUAGCAGAUAUCUAUUGUGAAAACUGUAAGACCACUCUUGGAUGGAAAUAUGAACACGCUUUUGAGAGUAGUCAGAAAUACAAAGAAGGAAAAUUUAUCAUUGAACUUGCCCACAUGAUAAAAGAUAAUGGCUGGGAGUGAAUCAUAACCUUUUUCCUUCUGUUUGGACAAUACUCUGUGGAACGUGCUUUACGAAGACUAAUGCAAAGUAAAGGAAGAGUUUGGGUAGAGUGGCCCUGAGAAUAUCACUGAACUCUGAAACCUCACAAAUGAGUAGUGUAGUGUAAGUGGCUGUUUCAGGCCAUGUUUGCCUUUUCUCCUUGUGUAAGUUCCCUCUUUUUGUACGUGUAUUAUUGUGUGAACAGUUGCUUUGGAACAUUUUGGAUGACCUUUUUCUAAACUCUCUCAAACUAGAGAAACAGUUCACUAAUUGAAAAUGGAUUUUACUGGUUAGCAUCUCUCUGACCUAUGCCUUUAAUGCUACCUUCUGCUGUGCAUGCUUCUUGCCUAAACACCUACACUCCAGUCCUGUAGAAGUUCUGUAUCUGAGCAAUCCGAAAGAAUGUAUGGGAUGGAGUGCUUUUUUAUAUGUAGCAAUUUCUGAUGUGUUUGGCAGUGAAGAGGAUGCAGUAUUGUAGUUAAUUUCUUUUUUAAAUUUGAGUACCACAACCUAUGUACAUCUUGUAGGUGAAUUGGUUAAAGGUACAGUGCUCACUUCAAAAAAACCUUCAGUUGCACUGACUGAAGUUCGCAGGUCUCAAGUUGUUAGGAAAGGUUAUGCUAAAGGUUUGGUAUCUUAAAACCCUUAGGAGUUUUAAAUUGAUAAUGCUAUAGAAUAUGUUCAUUAAAGACCAACAUGUUCCCUGAGGAGUUUGCUGGAUAAGAAAUUUAUAAAACUAUAGCUUGCAAAAUUAAAAAGGCAGAAAGAUAUAUACAUCUUCUAUUUUGGGGAGAAAAAAAAAUUGGUCGGUUUAUAAAAAAAUUUUGAAAGUUUUGGUACUGUACCUUUUGCCAGUAACAGGGACUUGUGUAUCUGUGAAGUUUUAUGGCUGGUUCCAUGUAACUGUGUAGUCCUAAUGCACUGGACAAAGAGGUUGAUAAUAAGGAAACUUGAAGCAUUCUGCUUCUGCUGCAUUUGAACAAAAAUAUGUAUUUUUAUGAGAAAUGGCCAGAGCCUAUCAUGGGGGGAAAAAGAAGGGUAAUAGGAGGGAAGGGAAGUUUGACUCAAUUUUUCAUAAAAUAACAGUGUUAAACUCGGGGGUGGGGAAAGGGUUUCUUGGUUUGCUGGCUAAAUCAUCCCCAAGUACCUUUUUAUAAUAAAAAUUUCUAUGAAACUCCCCUUCUCUUUUGUUCUUAUGCUGUUUUUUAAACAGAAUGAGUUACUGAGAGAAACUUCUGUAAAGUGGUUGCGCAAUAUUAGCUGUUGGUAUCUGUGCAUGCAAAUUCUGAGCAACUGUGAAAGAAAUGCUCUACUAAAAUUUGCUAACUUUAUUUUCAAAUUAAACAGUCUCUGAAGACUUUUUUAAUCCUUUUAAUGCUCGAGGACAAAACAUUUUGGGAAAAUAAAACUUUAACACUAUAUUAGUACUAGAACUGAAUUAUAUCGAAGCCUUGCAAUACAAAAUAACUUUCUCUCAAUAACAAUUCUAUUAUAGCACCUGCAUAAUGAGUUCUGGGUGCUGUUGCUGCUGUGAUGUUUUUUGGGAAUCUGAUAGGCUUUCUGAACUCUGCACUUUAGAAAUGUUGUCAUACAUAAAAAAUUAUGCCAAUGGGUAGGAGCAAUACAAAUUUUUAAAACAUUUUUCUGGUGUCUUUAUGGAGAGGAAGAGAGUUCACUUGUGUGCACAUUAUCUAUGAUGCAGGCUGGCUAAACUGCAUUCAAGAUGUAGUAGUGAUCUAUACCUGUGAAUUAAAAAUGUAAGAAUUAGAGAAGUAGUUACAGAUGUUGGGCUUCAGUCCAGAGUCCUGAGGUGGUAAGGUCGUGUUCAAUCUGGGUUUUGUGGCUUACGUGUUACUACUUUAUGUUCACAGCAUCGAGCUUCAAAGUCUCCUUUGAACAAUGCCAUUGAUGCAAGAUGGGCUUUGGUGUUGCCUGUCUCUUGAUCUUUUUAACCUGGAAUUCUUGGGGUUUUGUUUUCUCCAUUGUAAUUAUGUAUGUUGCCAACAAAAAAGGCACUAAAACUUCUGUCAGCAAAAUGUGUUGGCUUCAAAGUCCAGUUGCAAUGUUGAAACUUGUGAACAGGCUUAUGUGAAGCUUGUGUAUUUUUGGGCUUUCCUUCUUUCCUGGCUACUUGCUGCAGCAGUACAUUGGACUGAAGACAAAAGUAAUGGCUGCUUUUCAGUAGAGAGUUGAAAUUAAAGAAAAUAUAUAAAGUACUAAAUAUUUUUCUCUAAAUUUGGGGGUUUGGCUAUAAGUUAAUGCUGUCUGUAACAGCCUGAUUCUUACUUAGAAACUCAACCUCUUUUUUCAGUGCAUUAUUUAUAUUUCAAACUGGACAUUUUCACCAAAACCUUAAUUAACUUUGAUGCCAAAGGUUGGGACUUCAUCAAGUGCUUAGCACAUAGAGCUUCAGACUACUGGCAUAAAGAGUUAAUGAACUGGUAUGUGACGUUUAUGGCUUUUAAGAGAACAAAACAAAGCAAUAUUGCUUUGGUCUUUUUAAGAGCUGAUGCUUAGAAUGAGCGAAGAGUAGAACUAGCAGAGAAUUAUUUCGUGCUGCCGUGUAAUGUUCUUGAUGUUCACUCUGUUGAGGAAAUAAGUGAAUUUAUGUCCUGUAUUGCUUGGCAGCGUCAAUGAUUUUCUCGCCUUGUAAAGAUGUAGAGUGUUCUUGUUAUUGGUUUUGGUGAAAGUAGAAUCCAGACAGCAAUGGCUGCUGGCUGAUGCGAAGAGGUCAGUCUGGUCACUGAACCCUCCAGCAGUCAUUUGAAAGAAAAAUAAUUACUUGAAAAAAUUUUACUAAAAGCAUUUUCCCUCUAACCAAUUUUUGUAAUAUAUUAAAGAUUAUAUUUAAAGUUUGUAUGUGUUUGCUCUGGGCAAGUUUACUUCCCCUUCAACUUGAGCACUUUUGUUACUUGUACUGAUUAUUUUUAUUGUUGGUCUUAACAUUUAUUUUGUAUUUUGUUUUUUUAUAAACUGUAACAAAAAGCUUUUGUGAACCUUUGUUUCUUGCUGGCUCUUUCUUGGACCAAAUGAACUGACUAUGAGCUGGCUUAGAAGAAGUGUUCAUUGGGAUGCAUAGGAAUUUGCUAGCAAAAAAGUACAUGUAUUGAAAGGUGGUUUUUUUCCUCUGAACCUCUAAAGCCACACCUGUCCUAAAGUAAUUAAUCAUAAUUUGAUGUGACUUUAGUAAGCUGACCACACAUUCUCUACCUAGGUCCAAAAUAAUGGCUGUAACAGUGGUGUUCCAGGACCGAGUCUGCCUGAAAACACUAGUGUCAUUCUUUGGUAACUCUACUCUCUUAAUAAAAGGCAAUGCUUCCAUCUAUAAAAAUUCUGUACAGUUGCAAACUUGCUGUGAAGUAAGCUGCAGAAUUUGGUGAGGGAUUGCUGACUUGUCAACUUUAACCACUCUUGCUGUAUGCUUUUAGCAGUCGCUCUCAGUUUUAUCUGCCAGUAAAAAGGGGCAGAAUGAGAUUCCCCUCAUUCAUUGUAACCCAUACAGUGACAAACUGUAUGAAUGAAGCUUACUAUAAUUCUUAUCUUAAUUUCCCAGUGGCAAGACCUUGUAUAAUGGCUGAUCUGGGUGAUAUGCCCUGUGUGCUUCCAUCUUUUGCAGCUGUGGAAGAAAAGGGGGAAUACAGUUUGACAUUUCUUUGAAUGAAAAUGUGGCUUCAGAGGUUCUGACAAAGUCAUCACUGUGCUCGUAACUGAGUGGCCAUAUGUUUCUUAUUGGUACAUCAAGUUAGUGCAGGAGGCCAUGAAUGCCGUUGUACCAUUUUUGGUGCUCUUAGCUUCCCUCCAGGUAAUGCUUGUAGAGCUUUUUCUGCACGCUCAUCUCAGCAGAUGGCAACAGCAGUGACCUACAGUCUCACAGACCAAAUUUGGAACAUCUCCAUUCGUUGAUAAUGGUGAGUGGAAGAAGCUGUUAAAUUAUUGUUAAACAUUUUGGACACUUCACUGUGGAAGAGGAGGGGGGAAUACAGUUUGUGACAUUUCUUUGAAUGAAAAUGUGGCUUUGAGACUCAUGUUAAGCCGACCAGCAGUAUGAACGUUACUGCAAAGGGGACAGACUUGAGAGGUUUCUUUUAAAAGGACUGUUACAAAUGGUUUAAGACCUAAAGCAUGAGUCAUAAAUGGCAGAUGAGUUGUGCCUGAUUGUUCCUUAAACUCUUUACAGUGCUUUCUUUUACAGGUGACAUGGCUGUGUUGCUGUUUUGUCCUAGCAAUUCUGUACAUCAUCUGUUGUUUCACUAUAUUGUAUCUACUUGAGGUAUCACAAUAAAAGCUUUCAAUUGU